AUGGGAGGCAACUAUGUCGAGAAAGUCAUGAUUGAAUAUUUGUUCGCAGAGGAACGGGUGUGCGACAGGCUCAAUGAAUUUGGCAUCGUGCAGGUCGGCACCGUUCACUUCGAGUACCAGGUUGACCGAGCUACUUGGAUCAAUCUCUACCAGAUUGUCUACCAGAUCGUAUCCCACAGGUCCAUCGCCAACUACUACAGUAUCAAGAAGUCGGCAAAGCUCUCGACCCGCAAGAUCGAGCUCAUUCUCAAGAAGGAGCUGGACUUCCACAUCAUUCCUCUGGUCAUCACUGCAGACAGAGAUUCCGACAUCCGCUCCGUCAUCGCGUCGGCUACUGGGGGUUGUUCAGAGUUCUGGCACCCAAGAACGAGACGUGCUUGA